AAAAGGGAAAGGAAGAGGAAAGGACGGCCCUUUAUAAAUAGAGCCCCGGGAGAAGCAUGAAGCUGUACUGUUUGUCUGGACAUCCAACGCUACCAUGCAAUGUGCUGAAGUUCAAAUCCACCACCAUCAUGCUAGAUUGCGGGCUAGACAUGACCUCUACUCUCAACUUUCUCCCCCUCCCUUUGGUCCAGAGUGCAAGGCUCUCCAAACUCCCUGGCUGGGUUUUAAAAGACGGAAGCACUUUCCUGGAUAAGGAGCUGAAAGAUUGUUCUGGACGUGCCUUUGUGGAUUCUGUUCCUGAGUUUUGCUUGCCGGAGAUGGAACUUUUAGACCUGUCUACAGUGGAUGUAAUCUUGAUCUCCAAUUACCACUGCAUGAUGGCGUUGCCCUACAUCACAGAACACACUGGAUUCACUGGAAUGGUAUAUGCCACGGAGCCCACAGUUCAAAUUGGCAGGCUACUUAUGGAGGAACUGGUCAAUUUUAUUGAACGGGUGCCAAAGGCUCAGUCUGCUUCUAUGUGGAAAAAUAAAGAGGUACAAAGGUUGCUUCCCAGCCCCUUGAAGGAUGCUGUGGAAGUGGCUACAUGGAGAAGAUGCUACAAUAUGCAGGAAGUGAACUCGGCACUCAGUAAGAUCCAGCUGGUUGGGUACUCCCAGAAAAUAGAACUUUUUGGUGCAGUACAGGUUUCUCCUCUUAGUUCUGGAUAUGCUCUUGGCAGCUCCAACUGGAUCAUCCAGUCACAUUAUGAGAAAGUUUCCUAUGUGUCGGGAUCCUCUCUUCUCACAACUCACCCACAGCCCAUGGACCAAGCUUCCCUCAAGAACAGCGACGUUCUCAUCCUGACCGGACUCACCCAGAUUCCCACCGCCAAUCCAGAUGGCAUGGUGGGUGAAUUCUGCAGCAACCUUGCUCUGACAGUUCGGAACGGAGGAAACGUCUUGGUCCCUUGCUAUCCUUCCGGAGUAAUCUACGACCUCUUGGAAUGCCUGUACCAGUACAUCGACUCUGCUGGCCUCUCUAACAUCCCUUUCUACUUCAUCUCACCUGUUGCAAACAGCUCACUCGAAUUCUCUCAGAUCUUCGCCGAAUGGCUGUGUCACAACAAGCAGACGAAGGUAUACCUACCAGAGCCACCCUUCCCUCACGCAGAGCUCAUUCAGACAAACAAGCUGAGGCAUUAUCCCAGCAUCCACGGGGACUUCAGCAAUGACUUCAAACAGCCUUGUGUGGUGUUCACUGGUCACCCUUCACUCCGGUUCGGGGACGUGGUGCAUUUCAUGGAGCUAUGGGGAAAAUCCAGCCUGAACACUGUUAUCUUUACAGAGCCUGACUUUUCUUAUCUGGAUGCCUUGGCCCCUUAUCAACCGCUGGCCAUGAAGUGUGUUUACUGCCCCAUAGAUACCAGGCUGAAUUUUAUCCAGGUGUCCAAACUGCUCAAAGAAGUACAGCCUCUCCACGUGGUUUGCCCAGAGCAGUAUACCCAGCCCCCACCGACACAGUCCCACCGAACCGACCUGAUGAUCGACUGCCUGCCCCCACCUAUGUCCUACCGCAGAGCCGAAGUGCUGACUCUGCCAUUCAAGCGCCGCUAUGAAAAGAUUGAAAUUACGCCAGAGCUUGCAGACUCUCUGGUGCCCACUGAGAUGAAACCGGGUAUUUCCUUGGCAACCGUUACUGCUGUUUUGCAUACCAAAGACAACAAGCAUGUGCUCCAGGUUCCUCCCAAACUUCCCCAGCCUCAAACUGGUAAAAAGAGGAAGAGGAUGACAGACGACGUCCCAGAACUGAAGCCUGUCAAGCCUCUGCUAAGUGGCUCCGUCCCAGUGGACCAGUUAGUACAAACUCUAGAAAAGCACGGCUUUAGUGACGUCAAGGUGGAAGACACUCCAAAGGGACACAUUGUGUUAUUCCAAGAUGUGGAAACACUCAUUCGCAUUGAGGAGGAUUCAACCCACAUCAUGUGCGAAAGCGACGAGGCGCUGAGGGUGAAGUUGCAGGACCUGGUCCUCAAAUUUCUACAGAAAUUCUAGCCAUUUUUUCCCCCAAAGGAGCAGCAAGUGCAGCUGGUGCUGAUGGGGCUGAAAGAGCCACGCUGUCUGCAAGAAACCACACUUCCCUCCAAAUAGAGAGUGUUUAUCCACAGAGACUUCUGUACUAUAGGAAAGGCAGAAUUCGACAGGUGUAGGUUUCUGCAUCAUGGCAAGAACUGCUUCCACUAAAUUUUGAAUUUUCAUAGUGUUGAGAAAAUGCAAGAGACAGGGCCCAGAAUCCUCUUGUGGCUUAUGCCAAUAUAACUAUGUGUUACAACUGGCAUAGGCCACUUUAUGGAGAACUAUAUUGGAGCAGUGUAGGGAAGCAGAAAAGGGCAUUUUUCUCACUGUCCUGCCAACUCCCAAACAGCUUGAGAACUGGCAGAGCAGGUUCAUCUUCUGAGAGAAAGACAGCUUUUCUUGAUGGGGAGGGCAUUAUUGUUAUACCCCUGGGUAUUUUACCACUGCUGCUGCUACAUAGCAGCGUAGUUGCACUGGUUAACAGGAUUGUGGCCUCAGUCAAGAAAGGAUUUGAUUAACCCUUCUCUGUAUUUAUAGUGCAUACAGAACCACAGUGCUCAACCUGCCCUUAAUGCAGUCAACUCAGAAAGAGAAAGCACACAACCACAACUGAGGUCUUGUCAUGGGCCAUGUUGUUCUCUUGCAAAACACAGAACUUCAGAAAUGUUUUUUGUCAUUUUGUUUGAGACGUGAUUGGAAUAGCAACAAGGGAAGUACUCUUUAAAGCCGGCUUUUAAUUUCAUCCAUUUGUUUUUCCUUUUAUUUCCUUUGUUGUUGUAACACUGAAAACCUAGAGAUAGCUGGUCAUAGGCGAUCAAUUUUUUAAAACAAAAUAACAAUAAACAAUGUCAUUGAGAGA